UCGUCGAGCAAACCAGUCGAUCUGUGGUAGUUGAUGUGAUUGGUGGCAAAGUAGUUGGACGCACAGUUCCACGGCAACGGAACAAGAAGCAAAACUAUUGCCAAACCAAAACUACCUAAUCGUUGUUCCGUACGUUGCUCCGUAAGUUCGCUUGUGCUUUCUCCGCCGUUGAUCAAGUGCCAACCGUUUGUGUUUUGCCGUUUCGGUUACCGUAAAAAAUCCCUACAAAAAUGCAAAAGUGUUGAGAGAAACUGCUUGAGUGUCUGUUGAUAACCAGAGAAACAGGCAUCAGAGAGACAAGAGGGCAGUAAUAAAAUGAUGCUAGUGAAGUGUUUGGACUGAUGUGGAACCAUUCCGAAACGAGCCAUAUAUUUACUUCCAACGUCAGGUGUGACUGUGUAUAGUAAGCAAUGAUUGGUUACAGUGUGAUUGAGACGCUGUGGCUGCUUCUAUUCUUAUCUGCUUCGAUCAUUUGUCCAGCAUCAUUUUCUGAAGUCACAGUGAUAACCGAUCCAAAGUUCAUUACGCCCAUCAGCAAUGUAACAGCGGCCGUGGGACGUGAAGCUACCUUAACAUGUGUAGUGCAUGAUCUAGGUGCAUAUAAGGUCGCAUGGUUGCGGGUGGACACGCAGACCAUCCUCACCAUCCAAAAUCAUGUCAUUACGAAGAACAAACGGAUUGGCAUAACGUACACGGAGAAAAAAACUUGGCAACUACGUAUCAAGGACAUCCGUGAAACUGACCGGGGAUGGUACAUGUGCCAAAUCAAUACGGACCCAAUGAAAAGCCAGAUGGGAUAUCUGGAUGUUGUAGUACCGCCGGACAUCCUGGACUACCCAACGAGCACUGAUAUGGUUGUGCGGGAGGGCAGCAACGUGACGCUCCGGUGUGCCGCCGUCGGAUCGCCUGCCCCAGCAAUCGUGUGGCGCCGUGAAGCUGGCGAUAACAUUUCACUGCAAGACGGUGAGCAAGUGGCAUCCGUCGAAGGCCCAACGUUUACCAUUCCGAAAGUGAACAGAUUGCACAUGGGUGCGUAUCUGUGUAUUGCUUCUAACGGAGUCCCACCUUCGGUCAGCAAACGGGUAAUGUUGAUAGUGCACUUUCCACCGAUGAUAUGGGUUCCCAAUCAGCUGGUCGGCGCAGUUGAAGGUCAGCGGAUGACUCUCGAAUGCCACUCGGAAGCGUACCCCAAGUCAAUUAACUACUGGACCCGCGAGAAGGGUGAUAUCGUCCCACAAGGUGGGAAAUACGAGCCGGUUCUGAUAGACAACGCGUACAAAGUGGUGAUGAAGCUGAGCAUCAAGGUUGUGAGCCAGGCCGAUUUUGGUGCCUACAAGUGUAUCGCCAAAAAUUCCUUAGGCGAAACGGAUGGAACCAUCAAACUAUACAAGCUACCAAAAAGUGCAAUCAACUCUGUGGAAGCUGUGGACGGCAAGCGAAGAAAUAAAUCGCGAAAAGGCAGCAACUUUUACGAAGCUAAUGAUUUUAUGGACGAUGACUUAGACAGUAGCAGCAAGAGAAAAGAUUUAAUCAUAAGCGGUAAUCGCAAUGACGACAGCUAUGAGAUAUCUACAACGGGCGUGAAUGGAGCCGUUUGCUACGACGAUUUACCGUGCUGCAGGAAGUAUAUAACCAUAGUACUAGCUGUGGCUAUUUUCGUAUUGGACGUUGGAACUAUAUGACGUUUGUAAUGAACACCUUACAAAUCAAUAGAAUAGAAUAGACAGACAUUAGCAUAGAGUAAUCGUUUAUUUCGAUCGUUCCUUACGAGUUGAUUCUGUUUUGCGUAGAUGCUCUUAUGAUUAUUGAAUUAUGAUUGUAAAUUGUGUUAUUUUGUAUGACAAUGUGAGAGAUGCAAGUCACGCUGGCAACAAUUAAAACAAUGCAAAGCAAACCGAGGGAAACAUGCGCUAGAAAACAAAAAGAGGGAACUAGUUGUUAACUGUAAAUACGCGGCUACGAUAAAUAAGUAAAACCUAAACCAACAAACAAAAGCAACAUCGAUACAUAUCCGUAGACAAAUUAAGAAGCUUAGAUAAGAAACAAUUCACAAAAAA